UGUCGGGCUACUUCCAGUGACUCGCAUAGGGGUAGAGGAGUGCUCCAAAGACAGGAUACUUGUUUCUUUGAAAUAAAUAAAAAAAAACCGAAGAGAGAGAAAACCGAUAGAUAUGGCGAAUAAAGCAGCAGAGCCUGUUUCAUUGCACCUGGCGGAACUCACUGCUACCCAGUUCCUCGACAUCUGGAAUAAAUUCGAUGCUGAUGGAAAUGGUUGCAUUGAAGGGAAGGAACUGGAACAUUUCAUUCGUGAGCUCGAGCUAGCAAGGAAAAGUGUGAGUGUGGAUCCUUCAAAUGCUUCGUUCAAAGACAGGAUGAAAGAGUUCAUGCAAAAAUUCGAUGAGAACGGUGAUGGGAAGAUUGAGAUGUCAGAGCUUGCCCAAAUCCUGCCAACUGAGGAGAAUUUUCUAUUGUGCUUCAGACAGUUUGUGGGAUCCAGUGCAGAGUUUAUGGCAGCAUGGAGAAAAUAUGAUACUGACCGUAGCGGAUACAUUGAAGCCAAUGAACUGAAGGGCUUUCUCUCAGACUUGCUGAAGAAAGCAAACAGACAUUAUGAUGACAAGAAACUGAAUGAAUAUACACAGACCAUACUUAAAAUGUUUGACCUGAAUGGUGAUGGGAAACUGGGAUUGUCUGAAAUGGCUAGACUGCUUCCUGUAAAGGAGAAUUUUCUGCUCAAGUUUCAGAAUUUCAAACUAUCUGCUGAAGAAUUUGAAGCAAUUUUCACCUAUUAUGAUAAGGAUGGAAAUGGUUUCAUUGAUGAACAUGAACUAGAUGCACUGCUGAGAGACCUCUACCAAAAACAAAAAAUGGUUGUUGACCCUCAAAACCUGGCUAGCUCAAAGAAGAGCAUCAUGGCGUUGUCAGACGGAGGAAAGCUGUUCCGCACAGAGCUGGAGAUUGUGUUAUGCAAGGAUCCGUCAGUGUGAACUCUCUUCCUUCACCCACCCUGAUCUAGCCAAAGCAGGUGCAUGCGGUGGCUCUGUUCCACCUCUUAUCCUGUCAGAGUUAAUCAGCAUCCACAACAUCCUCCUCUCUCCGUGGCAUGCCUUUCCCAAAGAUAUGGCUUCUCAAUGUGUGCAUCUCUCUCUUUUUUUUUUUUUUACAUGACAUUAAGGUAUUAUGAUGGAUAUAUGGUCCUAUUCUCCUGCUUGUACCAAAUCUUUGGUUGCUUUCUUUAUGUAUGCAGCCUGCUCUCUCUCUUUCCAGUCUCUCCAAUAUAUCUCUUUUAUUGUUCCUAGCAAGACUGUAGACUGUUCUGUUUAGCCAACAUUGCUAAAAUAAUUACUGAAAUAAAGAUCAGAUAAUACAUUUACCUUCGAAACCUUUCUGUUUCUUCUGCUUUAAAGGAUCUAUCUUAAUUUGUCUUCACAUAUAGGACCAUUUCUGUAUUUUCGGAUUUAAUUUUGCAAGGUAGUAUAAAUGCCCCUAAUUUAGUUAAGGCUGCAACUGUUUUGGAAGCAGAUAAGGGUAAUAACGGGCACCUGUUAUCAUAGUUUGGAUGUACCAUCUUCUCAGGUGCACUGAGAUCUCAUUUCCAUUUAGAUAAAUCUAAAAUCAGCUAACUUAUCUUCGCGGGCCCGCAAGUAAAGACACGCAUCUUCAAGCCAAAGUGAGCGCAGCAGCACAGUGAAGUGUUUAAAGCUUAUCUUUUUCAUUUUCAUGGUACGAAUGUUCUUUGUGCUUCAUUAAUCUCUGAUACAGGAUAAAACAGGAAAAGGUUUGUGGUGAUGCAGCACAAAAUUUAAAGGUGCCAUUAUGCUUGUCCUGCUGGGAGCACAUGCAUUUUUUACUACAUUUUUUAAGAGGAGAGGGCAAACCAUGGAAGCUUUCCUGCAGUUCAUCAACCCAGCUAACAGGGAACUUUGGCUAAUGUUUUGGCAAGGUUAUUCCAGUAACAUUAAUACAACUUUUGUUAAAAAAUGAUCUGAUCUUUAGGAAUGUUUUCAAAACGUAAGCGAACAGAAACAUUAUUUAUACAUUGUACAUGGAAUGUUUUUUAGAUAUUAAUCUAAAAUUAUUUAAAUAUUACUCAUACUUUCAGCAGGUUCAAAGAACAUUAAAAGGCAACUUUCCCAUAAAAUUGGCAGAAUUAUAAAAUCCACAUUUAAAAUAGACAACUUCAUGGGGACUUAAUGGGAACAAUAGAAAAAUGUUCUUAGAACAAAUUUGUGUUAGUUGUAAAUCCACCUAUUACAGUAAAUGCAGAAACUAAAAUAUGUUUUCAUGUCGCCGUUGUAUCAUUUCAUGAUUUUUGUUUUGCGACAGUUGUGAUAGUUGCCCUGCCACUUUCUUACUAGCGGUGCUACAAAACCUUGUGCAGUCUGGGAAGGCCAUCAAUUAAA